AGAGGAUUUCAAUUAUGUAUAAUGAAAUGAAAUACCUUCCUGGCAAACCAUUGUGUUCCAAGCUCUCAUGUUUGCUGCUGCAGUAUAGCUGUAUUGCCAAUGGUAUCUCACAUCAUUUCUUCUGCCACAUGCCCAAGCUCAGAGUACUUGAUCUCUCUUUCACUGGAAUUCUAUGUAUACCUGACUCCAUUACUGAGCUAAGCAAUUUGCGUGCACUGCUAUUGCGUAGCUGUUGGAACCUAAGUAGUCUUCCUUCUCUAGCAACACUCGAGUCAUUGUGGGUUUUGGAUCUUUCGUACACUCGCAUCACAGAAUUGCCACCAGGUAUGAAAGAGUUACGCCAGCUUAAGCGCCUCAAUCUUUCUUAUACUAAAUUGGACAGUUUUCCGGAAGGACUGUUAACCACUUUAAAUCUGCUAGAAGAAUUGCUCCUUUAUCGUUGUAAGUGUGAAUUUGGUUCAAAGUUUGUUGAUGAACUCAUCACUGCAAGAAAUAUUGUUGUUCUUGAAGUUGAAUUCUCAACCUCCAGAGUGUUUGAUGUCUAUACAAGAUCAGGGCAUUGGAACCUUCUGCGGAGUUUUAGAUCCGGCAUAUGCUCAUAUGGGGAUGACUUGGGAAAGAAUAGUAUAGACUACAAUGGCAAUUUUUUUCUCAGUGGUAAUCCGGUGUUGCUUCCUGAUCACACUUAUGAAUUGCGACUCCUCCACUGCUAUGAUGUUGAUCGAUUGUCAAGGUGCUUGUCAGAUUCAAUUAAGUUGAAAAAAUGUGUCAUAACACACUGCGAUCAAAUGGAGAGUAUACUGAUGCCAAGGGAGAACAACUUAAGCUGUGUAAAUACUUUAGAGCUUGGUUUCCUACAAAACUUUAAGAGUCUCUGCACGGGUGCCAUUCCCUCAGGAGCUUUAGGUGCCCUGAAGAUACUGCAAAUCAGUUACUGUAACUCUUUAGAGAGUGUACUCAACCCAAGGCUGAUUGAACAUCUCGGAAACCUUGAAGAACUUUCUGUUGAGCAUUGUACAAAAUUGGAGGUGGUGAUAGAGGAGGAGCAUUCGAUCCACAAUGCUGAAGUCAGCCUUUCAAGAUUGAAGAGCUUCAAGUUGUGUGAUUUGAGAGAACUGAAGAGCAUUUAUAGUGAAGAAGUAAUUUGCUUAUCUCUAUGCACCAUCAAUAUUGAGGGAUGCAAUAAAUUGAGGAGACUUCCUUUUAGGAUUUCAAUAGAUGAAGGAUACCAGCAAAGACAACCAUCAAUCACUCCCCCCAUAAGAAAAAUUAAAGCAGAGCAAGUGUGGUGGGAUUCAGUGGAGUUUGCUAAUCCUAGUGUAAAGACCUUCCUUCAACACAGGCUGGAGUUGCCUAGCUAGAGCAGAGCUGCAUAGGAGCUGAUUUGGAUAAUGGGAUGGCUGAUGACACUAAUACAAGGCCAAUUACGUUCAAUCAUUAGUGGAUUGCAAGUCCAAUGCAUGCGAUAAAUUCAGUUCAUCUUACAAGCUGGUAAGUGGAGUGCUUCUCCGAAUUAGUGAUGCCAACAUGUAUCAAUUAUAUAUAUAGGUAUUUUCCUUCGAUUGGUCUUCUCUACUAGAUAAAAUCAAGUAGUUAGUUACCAUGAACAUUCAACUAUUAUUUGAAACACUGUGAAGUAGCAAUAACUAGCUUGUUGGGUACUUAAGUUUUACAUUGUUACAAGUGAACACUGGGAAAACCUUAUUUAUAACGUUCAAAAGCUCCAGCACUCUGAAUAGAGGUUUAACCUUAUAUGUCUGUCCCAGCUGGUCAGAGAGUGAGUGUGGUGUAUAAACAAUAUGAUAGGUACAAGGCGUACAAAUAAUAUUUGUCCUCACUCCUCACCAUUGCUCGUGGAACUCAGCUAAUCGAACUAGUACCGGUUUUGUUAUUCGUAAACGAUGGCUAACUUGCUUAUGAGUUAUGAGUCAUGAUUUGAAAUUCCAAAAUCAUGAUUUGAACUGGUACCUCUUUUAGUUCUGCUCUUGCUAACAUAAAUUCCCAUUAUAGCAAAACUGAUAUCACAGAAAGAGAGCUCCAUCUGCUGCUUGUUAACCUUUACCUUGCUUCUAUUUCAUCAUAUUAGGUCCAUAGUCUCCCAGAGAUAUCAUCAUUUCCACUUGAUGUAAAGAAUACCUAUUUCUGCAAUUAUUUUCUCGUUCUUUUUGCUAUUAGUUCACUGUAUAUGGAUGGGUGACACUCUUGGCUUACAUGAGAAUUUGAACUUCUUGGA